UAAAUUUGUCGAGUGCUUUAUGCUGUACGCGAUCAUAAAGGGGAUAUCGACACCACGAAAGAUCCUGAAAUUGAUGCCGUCGAUGCCUUGACGAGUGCCAAUGAGGGUGGUGUAGUUGUGGACAUUGUAGGUCAGCCGGCACUAGAAAAAGCCACUGUUGCAAUACUGGGCCGAGGGGGAAGACUGGUCUUCAUUUCUGCAGCCCGGAGCGGUCCCACGCAGUUGAGAAUUGAGAUGAUGAACUUUUAUAGAAAGGAGAAAGUUCUGACCGCGUGUAAUUCGCUCUCGCAUUCUGCCGAAGAGUCUGCUGGUUUUCUGAAAGCCUUGACGUCUAGUUUCGAACUUUCGAGCGGUGCUGUGAAGGCUUUCAGAGAGGGUGAAUGGACAACGGUAAAGCUGGAGGACGGCGUGGAGGCUUAUGUGAAGGCAAGACAGGGCAGUGCGGAAAAGUCUGUUGUAAUGGAGUAGUCCAACAGAUAUUUUCAGAUA